CAUAUCUCCUUAAUGCUACCUGCCUUUCAGAGACACAUCAGGUCCCAUUUUCCCAGUCUUUGGUAUGAAUCUGCCUGGGAUCAAACUCUCAACCUUGCGAUCUCAGGGCGGACACUCUAAKCACAAGGCCACUGAGUUGAUGCUGUUAUUACAGCUUAAUCUACAAACUACUUGCAUGCAUGUGAAAACAUAAACAUUGAUUUGAAGUGAAUCUGCUGUGUGUAAGUCGAGCAAUAUUUAUGAGCAGUAGCUUAUGAAACAGAUAUGCAUGCAUACCGUAUGUAACCUCUCUGUCAAAGUGUUAUUAAAAACAGACAAUUGUUAUUCUGCAAAACACCUGUGCAAAUGAACAGAAUAUGGUUAUGCUCAUCAGAUGAGUGCAUGCUCAUUCAAACAGCAUGGUAAGAUGGUCAUGGAAGUCUAUUGCAAUAUAAGAACCUUCCGGUAUAUUGCUCUCCAAGUCUGCAUUCUCCAUGAACUUGACAUGAAACUGACAUUGUACCAAUUGUACCAUGUGUAAAUGACACACCACUGAAAAUGACUUACGGUCUCAUUCAACAUUUGGGGAAGGUAGGCAAAUUCAUAUUUCUUAGUAAUAGUAUAUACAUAGAUAUGACAAAACUCCACAUUUUAGUCACAAUUCACACCUAUCAAGCCUGACUCAUCAUAACUGGAGAAGAGCUUACCUUCAGUGCAAGGGGGAAGUCCCAGAAAAUGCAUUGUGGUUGCACCCAAAUCAGCCCCUAACUCAAAUACAUGUAGCCCAAGGUAAGCAAGAGGGGCACAUUUCAAGCUGAGAUCCUUAGAUGUCUUUCUUCUCUCUGUAGGUAAGUCAUACGAUAUUGUGUUUUAUUACAUUGGGCAUUGUUAUUACAUUCCAUUACGAGAUGUAUUUUUAGUUACAAGUGAGCUGGUUGAUGAGUAAGCAGUUGAUGGUUUAUAACUUUUUCAAAGAUGGAUGGAUGUUGUCUUUGAUUAUUCAUAGACCACCUGGGAAUGGUAUUGAGGGAAAACAUAAAUAAUGUUUACUUAUCGGAUAUCCAGACUUAAAGAUCAACAUCAUGCCUUGAAUACAUGACAUGAGCCAUUGRUUAUGCUAUAGAGUGUUACACCAACAAAGACACCAUUGAUCCCAUCAUGUGUGGUAAAAGGAAUGAAUAAUCAGUAAAGGCGUUAAAUGGUAUUGUUGGAGAAUGAUUUAGGCAAAUUCACAGAUAAGAACAAAUGUAUAAGUCAAUUUUAUGAAGUUGAAGACCAAGGCGAGGCGUAGCUUUAUUUGUCGAGCGUGUCAUUUCUCCAGCUCAGUGAUUUUGUGCCCAGUGGAGCACAGCGCAGUAUGCCUCUGUCAAGAAACGUGCAUUUAAAUCUUUGAGGUUGUGUAUAGAGGCCUGUCCUCUCUUCUGAUGCCUUCUAGAGUUUCUUGGACAGAAUAAUAUACUGUACAUGAGUAAAUUAUCAUUUUUUGUAUCCAGUUUGUUUGAGCCUGCUUGUCUGCCUGUAGACGAACCUACACCAUCUAAAAGUAAAGAAGAAAAGAAAAAAAAAGAACAAAAUCUAAGGAAGUCCAUCAUAAAGUAAUGUAGAAUCUGGAAGCCUAACACCCCCAAAAUCAACUUGAUUAGUGUCAGGUUUGAAACAAUCCCAACCAAAUGAUACAAAGCUGAUUACGCAAGGAUUCCAUGAACUGACACUGAUUUCCCUCUGCCUGUCAUUCAGUGAGUCAGAGUGUGAGUUGACACCCGAGCUGAGCCAUGGGGUUAGGCUGUCCUGAGGGUCACUUCUGGGAUGGCCUGGUCAGGAGGUGUAUGACCUGUCAGAUGGUCUGCCAGCAGCCUCACCACCACCUCAGAUGCAURGAGUUCUGUGUGUCUCUAGGGUGUAAGGCAGUCCCAGGGCAGUACUACGACAGGCUGUUGAAGAAGUGUCUGACUUGUGCUGUGGUGUGUGGCAACCAUCCCUCAGAGUGUUCCCACCAAUGUCAGACCCAACAGCCUGACUUGAACGCAACCUUAAGGCCUGUGGACGGGACAGUCUUCCAGAACCCUACCACCAAGGGGGGSUCCCUACUCAGUGGUCUGCCUAACUCAGUCAUCCUGGUGUACUCUCUGCUGGGCUUGUGUCUGGCUCUGCUGCUGUUGACCGUGUCUUUGGCCCUGCUUGUGCUGCUGAGGAGGGCCAGCGCCAGAGGUCCCCGACCAGGGGCCACACAGAGCAGUCCCACCCAGGGCCGUGGAAGCCAGGAGGCCCAAGAGCCUAACCAGCACAGCAAGUCCUCRAAAGACAACCUGAUGGAUCCAUCCCUGCCCAAGCUGAACAGUGUGACAGCGGGCCGUUCGUCCAGCCCCAUAGAGACCUGUGUGUGUGUCCACUGCUUCCCUGACCUCAGAGUGCCUGGCAGAGGAGAGAAGCAGCAGAGACCCCCUCUGACCCUCUACCAGCAGGCUGUCCCCCAGGACGUUCACACUUGUGGAUCAUCAGAGAAAAUCAUCUGCUCCCCCUCUCAGCCUAGCUUCUGACAGGAGCAGAACUGAAACCGACUGGACACUACGGCAAUCAUAGAGAUCCUAUUGAAUUACUAGAGGGGCUAUGUCAUAAACCCUCAAAGUUCCAUAAUGGGGUGAAAAUGGCAGCA